GCAAUGUUUGUCUAUGGCAGUAUGGCUGUCCAAUAUUGUCCAUACAAUUUCGGUGUACUUUAGUGGUGUUUAUUUGAGAAAAUAUAACUUUCAUGUAAUAAUAUUGUAUCUGUAGUAGUUAAUUAUUAAUUAAUAAAAUAUGGAGUCAUUGGGCUGAUAGUUUAUAAAUAUUUAAAACAGUCCUCUUGAGGAGUGACUCCAGACAAAAAAAAUUGUGACCAUCAGUGGCGCGGCUGGACAUAGCGGUAGAAGAAGAUGGCACAAGUCGGAGCCAACAUGGAGUACCAGGAAUACAAGUGGGCAUACUCAAUCAUGGAUUCAUCCAAGGUGUCGGCGUGCCUGAUCUCCAUGCUACUGAUCGUGUAUGGUAGUUUCCGUUCCUUGAACAUGGAGCGAGAAGCACGGGAGAGGGCCGAGAGAGAACGGGAAGCCUCACUGCUGGGCGGUAAACCUACCCCUACCACGUCUACUAAUAAUAAUGUACAAACUCUAAACACAAUGCAGGCACUGUGUUUCCCCCUCGGAUCGUCAGUGGCGCUACUGAUCAUGUUUUUCUUCUUCGAUUCAAUGCAGACCCUCGUCGCGAUAUGCACAGCAAUAAUAGCGUGCGCGGCGCUGGCGUUCCUGCUGACGCCGCUGUGCCAGUACGUGGCCGGCAGCGCGGGCGUGGGCUCGCGCGGCGCCGUCUGCGGACGGUACUCGGCGCCCGAGCUGGCGGCCGCGCUGCUCGCCGCCGCCAUCGUCGCCGUCUGGGUGCUCACCGGCCACUGGCUGCUCAUGGACGCUAUGGGCAUGGGUUUGUGCGUUACAUUUAUCGCACUGAUCCGGCUGCCGUCUUUGAAGGUGUCCACACUGCUGCUCACGGGCCUCCUUCUCUACGACGUGUUCUGGGUCUUCUUCUCGUCCUAUAUUUUCACAACAAAUGUCAUGGUCAAAGUUGCCACCAGACCCGCAGAGAACCCUAUGAACGUGGUGGCGCGGCGGCUGCAGCUGGGUGGCGCUAUGCGAGAUGCGCCCAAGCUGUCUUUACCCGCAAAACUGGUGUUCCCGUCCAUGCACCAUCAGGGACACUUCUCCAUGCUUGGUCUUGGUGAUAUUGUUAUGCCUGGAUUGCUAUUAUGUUUUGUCCUACGCUAUGAUGCUUACAAGAAAGCAACAUUGGUAUGCCAAAUGGGUCAGGUGCCUGGUCCCAGGUCUAUGAGUUCCCGUCUGACAUACUUUCAUUGCUCGCUGCUCGGCUACUUCCUGGGGCUACUGACUGCGACGGUGUCUGCGGAGGUGUUCAAGGCAGCGCAGCCGGCUCUGCUCUAUCUCGUGCCCUUCACGCUACUGCCGCUGCUCACCAUGGCCUACGUGAAGGGCGAUUUAAGAAGAAUGUGGAGUGAACCAUUUAUAACUCCACCGAAUGGCAAGAGCAGCGCGGACUUCGACGUGUGACUGGCUACAGGCUCGCUCGUCAUCUUCUCCGCUUGAGAGACUUCGCCCGCCGCCACGCUGCGCCUGCGUACACUCAGUUAGAUGGUAUACUCACUUACCGAGAUCGAUUAUGGAUUCUCUCUAUGGUAGAUUUUUACUUUUAUAUCUUCAUAUUGUGCUAAGGAAUUCUCCGAAUAAGUAUCAUUUCGAAAUGUAUAACAAAAAUGAAAUGGGAGCGCCGCAGAGUCAAAUAUAUAAUAUUUGCCUCUAUGUAAAGUAUCGGUGGCGUGUGUUUUCGAAAUUCCAACAUUACAACAUUCAUAAAAUUACUUUUGCAAUAUUACACAAAUUUAUAUAAAUGAGUAUUCAGACUAACUGUAAG